GCUUGCUUGAUUAAUCCAGUUUUAGGAACGUGUAAAUGGGAAUUUCGCAGUAAGUGACUCCUGUAUGUCGAAUCGCCUGGGAACCUAAGAUGAACAGCUGGUUGUGCCGCGGUCUCCUGAAAGGAACCUCCUCGAGAGAAGGCAUCUCUUUUGCGAGGAGCUGACAGCCACACCGGGCCCGAAUUAUGCUGCACGGCUUUUUCGCGACGCAUACUAUUCAGUUGCUCUUCCACUCGACUUCCGCCUCCUGUCUGCGACGUCAAAAAUAAAUUUUCUGCGUUUUUUCUCUCUUCUUUUUGGACUGCGCUGCUGUUGGCGUGUCACUUACCGUGCCGCGUCUGCCUAUGAGGCGUCCGUCCCCCAACCCGGGCGCCGCAGAAUUUUCCGCGGCGGCCUCGUCUGCUCUGUCAUUUCCCUUCUGUCUACGGGGGUAGACGCUCCAUCCUUUCACAGACAGUUCACUAGGUCAAUGUUCGUUUCCUCUUCCGUGGCGGAGACAUCUGGUCUCCUUUUUAGCGUAUUCUGAACAGGUUGCGAGCCAACUGCCCGAGCAACGGCGUGCCUGUGUCGCUCAUGGCCACCGCGGAGUGAUUUGCUCUCUCGUGUCGCGGCUCCCUUUGUCAUGAAGUGCUUUUCCGCGCAUUUGUACUCCACUUGUUUGCCGCUGUAUACUGCCACAUCAUAAUGGAAGUGUGUCUGCCUACUCGUGGCGUUUCCACGAGUCGAAUUCACCCGGCCGCCGGUACCGAACCUACACGCGCCCACAACGGCGGCGGACACCUUGUUGUAUACACUGGCGGUGCCCCGCCUCCAGUAACUCACCAAAUUCAUCAUGUUCGUUCUAUUCCCUUACCGACUCCGAUGGCUCGGUCGUCGGCUGAGGCCAUGGCGGCCUGCUCGGGUCACUGUCCGCGAAUUCUUGUAUCUGCUGCCCAGCAGGUUCUUCUGAUCACCCACGCGAUUGCGCUGCUGCUCAUUGGGCGUGAGGUAUACGUACACAAUCAGGUAUCCGGUGGCUUCGGACCACGGGGUAGUGUGGUGCUGCAGCUUCCGCCUGUCGCACUGUCUGCCAGUUUUAACAGCCCAGUUGGAAAUGGAGAACCCGUUGUUGUUGUUGGAGACAAGUUGGCGUCAGCGGCUGAGCUAUCAGGACAGCCAACCGGGGACGACAGCACUUCGCCAGGACAAGAGUAUUUGUCGACGCUUUCAGUCGUUUCUGGUCUCGUUUUCUUGGGGGGGUGUCUGAGUUGUCUGAUUCUCCUGUUCUCGCCCGUCACCUCUCUGCCGUACAUGCGUUUGUGCAUGAUUCAUCGAAAUAAUCGCGUGCUGGCUGCAGAAGGGGACUGGCAAACUCCAUCACUUUUGACAGAAAUCGUCCCCGAGAUCGUCAUGGCGAUUUUGGGGGCGUUCGUUCUCGGAGGUUUUCUCUUGUCGGAACAGCAGAUGUGCAAGUAUUUGGCGGAACACAUCUCUCUCGUGCUUUCCCUCCACGCGCCCACACUCGACCUGGCGCACAGCAGCCUUGGCAUCUUUUCUUUCGAAUCUCAAUCACCUACUUCCAAGACAUCUUCCGUGGGAUCCUUCAUAUCUCUUCUAGCAGCGACCUCUCUCGGCGGUGUCGCCUACGGCCUGCUGUUGCCGUACUUCUCCUCAACAAUGAUUGCCAUUGUGUCUUUCUUCACCCUCUGCUUUGCUGUCUCUAUUCCAUUCUUUCCUUUCCCCGCAACUCUCGAUGCCUUUCCUUCCCUCCCGCCUUCGCUUGUCUACUUCCUGCCGCCGUGCUUCCUCCCGUGCAUCACCAUCGGCGCCUUCUUUGUCGCUUGCUGCUGCGUCAAACACUUCCGGAAAUACCGCACUGUCAUGUGCGCGGAGGAGCGCGGUCUGAGCUGCCUUCGGAUCGCGGUGACGAUCUCCAUUUUCGCGUUCUCCGCGGUCGGGACCCUUUCUUUCUUCUCAUCUCUGUCCCGCACCCCGUCCGCUCCGGUCAGUGUCUGGCUGCGGACCUGGCACGCGGUUCUCGCGCGAGUGCAGCCCAUCCUUCCCCGAGUCUCGACUUGCUGCGGAGCUCUUUGCUCUCUUUUGCUGCUUCUCUCCAUUCUGCAGAUGCUUCUAGAGUACUUUUCAAUUCGAAACAACGCUGUCGGUGUCCGUCUCCAAGGCGCGUUUUUCUCUCUCUUCAAUCUUCCCGCCUUUGUCCCAACUGACGCCCACGGAAACCCUGAGCUCUCACAAGUCCCGGGGCUCUCUCAGUGCGUCCCUUCCCCAGCCGAUGGACAGGCUGUGCAGCAAGUGGGAGGCGUCAGUGCGCCUCUUCUGCUUCUUCCUGGGACGCCUAUGCCGCAGCACUUUCGUCCCUCAUUUACUUCUUCGGGUCUUCAGAGUCCGAAACCCUGUCGCCCUGGAGGCCUUACCCAGCUUGUUCCAGGCUUCGUUAGAGACUGGAGUAGCCAGCGUCAUGGCGAGCGGCAGCACGCUGAUGAGGGAAGCACGCGAAGUCUCAUGAUGGUUCGAUCAGGCGCAGGUGUCGCUCCGGAAGGCAGCGCACACUGUGUCUGAGAGGGGUGUUGCCGCAGUGUAGAUAUGGAAAUGGUGAACAACAAGCACUGCGGGAAAAGGCUAUGCGGAAAGGGUUAUAGAAACGAAAUGGACAAACAAGCUGUGUGUACAGAAGACGGUCGAUACGACGCGUGUAGUGAGACCCAGGACAGGAUCGCGUGCUCAGCCCACACCGUCCUACGAAAGUGCCUGAAGACAGCGGCAGAUGGCCGUUAGCGAAGUCGGGGUGUGACAGGUUAUUUUGUUUUGGCACCGACCUGCGUGCGAAGAACGACGCAGGGGGGACGAGUAGACAGCGGAGAGAAGGAAAGUGUAUGCGAGAUUCAUGUUUCGACAUUAAGUGCUGGAGUCCGUAGGAGCGUCGCCUCGUUCACAGACGUUUUGUCACACCGAGAGGCGAUGGGAAACAAACCUGUAACAGGUGAAAUCUUCCGCGUUAGCUGCAGAACAACCUCUUCCGUUGUUAUCGAGCAUGAAGUUCGCCACACUACCGAGCAGGCGCUUUGUGCCUCGAGGGGUAGCUUACGGCUCGUUUCUUGUCAUGCUUGUAGUCCCUGCGUGAGCGAACGUUAUUAAAGGCAUACAUUGCAGCAACUAUUUGUGUCGUGUGUCGUACUCGUGUUGUCUCAGAUUCGCUUCCGUGUUCGAAGUCAUUUCUCGCUACGUUGUUUCGAGCGUUGUCGCUAAUAGAACUCUGUAAUUGUGUCGAUGCGCAUCUGGUGCCAAAGACAGAAAAUCCAAGGGAAGGAUUCGUUGUCGUCUUCCUAGCAGGCGUGAUUCGCUUAAAAGGAUAUGGAGGUGCAGACAGAGGGCGAGCUGAUGUGAACGCUGGGGGAGUUAGACGUGACGAUGGGUGGCCUGAAGACGCGUGAACUUCUAGAGUAUUUUAACUCCGCCUGCAUACAGUGUGAAUUUUGUCGUUUCGUUUUGCCGGUGUCAACCGUCUCUUUGGCGUAACUGGUCGGGUGUCCUCACAUUUGUGCCAGCUCUCUGUCAGGAUUAUCACUGUUCUCCAGAAAGGCACUGGAGGCAACCGACAUGUUUGUUUUCGUAUUCGGGGUUGUCCCCGACGUUGUAUGUCGAGCCACCCACCUUGUUCGAAAGAUGCAGUGCGACAGGAGACGAGAGAAUUUCUUCAGUUUUUAGUCAGUUUUCUGGUCUGAAGAACUGUGCUCACGUUGUUGUAGGCCGUCCAAGACAUUCCUUGAUUUUGAGAACUUAACCCGUAUAACUGCGGGGUGUAAACAUACAUCUGACGAG